GUGCAAUUUUUUUUGUUUUUUCCCCUUCUCGAGAUUUUCAAGACACUCCCAAACUCGUGCCGUUGGAUAACAUAUCAUAUACAUGAAAAUCUUCACCCGCGUAUACGGGUUUGAUCUUCACUUUACAUAACAGGAUGGGCAAAUCCCGCCGCAAUAGGGCACGGCAAACUCGCAGCGAUCCCAUCGCAAAGCCCGUGAAACCGCCUUCCGACCCAGAGCUCGCAAAGCUCCGUGAGAGCAAGAUCCUGCCCGUCCUAAAAGACUUGAAAAGCCCAGAGAUAAAAUCAAGGACUGCCGCAGCUGGGGCCAUCGCAAACAUUGUUCAAGAUGCCAAGUGUAGGAAAUUGCUGCUGCGGGAACACGUCGUUCACAUCGUCCUCACCGAGACACUCACCGACAGCAGCAUCGACAGCCGUGCCGCAGGUUGGGAAAUUCUGAAAGUGCUCGCCCAGGAGGAAGAGGCCGACUUCUGCGUGCACCUGUUUAGACAAGAUGUCUUGACAGCAGUUGAGCACGCCGCCAAGGCUGUGCUCGAAACAUUGACAGCGACGGAACCCUCUUUUGCAAAGCUUCUUAAGGCGCAACAACGUCUAGUUUGGGAUAUUACCGGCUCCCUAGUGACGCUCCUCAGCCUCUUAGCAUUAGCACGGGACGAGAUCUUGGAAGCCAUCAUUGCAAAUCCUACCCUCCUGCGGCUCCUUUUCCGUUUAGCCUCCACAGACAUUGCUCCCAAGGAGAUUUUUGAUGAGGCAAUGUCAUGCCUCAUGACAUUAUCAGAAGACAAUCUGCAGCUUGGUCAGGCCAUAUUAAACGACCAGGAGACGCGAUGUUACGACAUACUUCUGAAACUUGCAACUGGAAGCGACGCGAGAGCGGUGCUGGCCUGCGGUGUCCUCCAUAACCUGUUCUCGUCGUUACAAUGGCUGGACCACAGCCCUGGCAAGGAUGGCGCCUGCGACGCUAUCUUGAUCGCCAGCUUGUCCCAAGCCUUGGAGCAUACCACGGCGAACAGCGGGAUGACCAAUGGCAGCUCUAGCCACGCCGGGAUAGCACAGGUUGCUCUGGAAAUAUUGGCAUCGAUCGGAACCCACCUCCAGGAAACACUCGAGAAAGGCAACCGAUCGCCAUCAGGUCCUGGCAAGGCCGAGGAGGAAUGGAACGGGUUUGGCGAUGAGGAUGCAAUGGAUGUCGACCAAGAAUCCAACGCCAGUCCUGAUGAAGACGACACAGGCCAGGAAGAUGGAGAAGCCGGGGAGGACGCCUCAGACGACUCGGAACUCGAUGAAGAUAUGGAACGCGUCACCGGCCCGGAUGCCCCUAGCCCAGAAGCUGGCGACCUCGACGACUUGCCGACAUUGCGAGAGAUUAUCAAAAAAGCCAUUCCUCAACUCAUUCGCCUAUCCAAUAUUCCCAUUACCAGCAACGAGAGCCUUGAGAUCCAGUCGCACGCGCUGUCCGCACUUAAUAAUAUCUCGUGGACAAUAUCCUGCCUCGAGUUCGCUGGGGGCGAGAAUGCCAGCAUCUUCAGCGCCUGGUAUCCAGUUGCUAAGAGAAUCUGGCUUAAAACAAUAGCACCCAUUCUCGAAGCUGACAGCGCCGACCUCCGGCUGGCGACGCAGGUGGCCAGUCUGGCCUGGGCUGUCUCGCGCAGUCUUUAUGGCAGAACACCGUCGGAUGGCACCCAGCACCGCAAAUUCAUAUCGCUAUACCAUGCCUCGAAGGGCACCAACGCCCAACAACGCGAACCGGGCCAAGACGACAAUGAAGCACAAGACCCCUUCCAGGGUCUCGGGGUUAAAUGCAUUGGUGUGCUGGGUUCGCUAGCACGCGACCCCGCCCCGCUCGAUGUGAAUCGAGAGGUAGGCGUUUUCCUGGUAACGCUUCUGAGCGGCGAUACAUCCCAGACGCCGCCAGCGGAUAUUGUGGAGGCGUUGAACCAGCUGUUUGACAUGUACGGAGACGAAGAGGCCGAGUGCGAUAGGGAGGUGUUUUGGAAAGACGGGUUCCUCAAGCACCUGGAGGAAUUCCUGCCCAAGAUGAAGGCGGUAGCCAAAGGGAUCGAUAAGCGGACUCAGCCGGAGCUGAGGAUCCGAGCGGACGAGUCAGCCUUGAACUUGGGUAGAUUUGUGCAGUACAAGAAGAAGCAUGCGCCGAAAUGAGGAGGGGAGAUUCUUCAAGGCUAAGAGGAGGCGAUGAGAUGGCUGCCUGGGUAUCGGCUUGGGUAACUUGAGCCCCCUCCCGGCAUGGACUGGGCAGAUAGCAGACCCACCUAGCACAUAUUAGCGGCGUCUCUGACAGCCGAGAGUCAGAGCCCUGUGAAAUAAAAAGUCAAUACUUGAGAUGUCAAAAUUGAUCAAAAGGAGCUCGCC